AUGUCUCUCAUUUUCUAUCUAUCUAUCUAUCUAUCUAUCUAUCUAUCUAUCUAUCUCAUUUUCUAUCGAUCCAUCUCAUUUUUUAUCUAUUCAUCAAACACAUUUCCCAUCUAUCUAUCUAUCUAUCUAUCUAUCUAUCUAUCUAUCUAUCUAUCUAUCUAUCUAUCUCAUUUUUUUAUCUAUUCAUCUAACACAUUUCCCAAUCUAUCUAUCUAUCUAUCUAUCUAUCUAUCUAUCUAUCUAUCUAUCUAUCUAUCAGUUCAUAGUUAUCUACCUAUCUAUCUAACAGUUCAUAUCUAUCUAUCUAUCUAUCUAUCUAUCUAUCUAUCUAUCUAUCUAUCUAUCUAUCUAUCUCAUUUUCUAUCGAUCCAUCUCAUUUUUUAUCUAUUCAUCAAACACUUUUCCUAUGUCUCUCAUUUUAUAUCUAUCUAUCUAUCUAUCUAUCUAUCUAUCUAUCUAUCUAUCUAUCUAACAGUUCAUAUCUAUCUAUCUAUCUAUCUAUCUAUCUAUCUAUCUAUCUAUCUAUGUAACACAUUUCCUAGCUAUCUCUCUGGUAGUAUCAGAAGUAUGGAGAAUACAUUAGAUACAUAUUAUCGAGAGAAUUAA